AUGUCAUCUUCAAAUCCAUCUUCAAGUGGUUCUCUUAGUGCACCAUAUAUGACUGGUUUCUUUCAGGAUGGCCAACCACAUUGGAAUAUUGUUGUUCCUGGUACUUUGGGUCCAUGGUCAUCUGUUGAAGUACGCGCUUCCGACGAUGGCACUCAUUAUGACUUAACUGACUUACAAAUGUUAGUUGACGGUGUUGUCGUGUCAGGUCCAUCUAAUUUAACAAAGAACUCUUAUGAUGCAUCUUAUGAAGACGCAAUUGAAAGCUCAUCGAAUUUGGUGUUCUCUGUUUUUGCUCAAGCCAUUGCUGGUAAAAAUUAUACAAACAGUGUUGAAGUUGCUAUUAAUACAAUUGAUGGUAAAAAAUUAGUCAAGAGAGCUGUUUUGAAGUUCUUGUUAUCAGCCACUAUUACUACUGAUGCUUCAUCUAUUGGGUCAAGCUCUAGUGCUCCAUCAAGUGGUGGUUCAAGUUCUGCUUCUGAAACCUUAUCAUCUGGGUCAGCAUCUGGUGUUGCAUCAGAUUCGGUAUCAAUGACUAGCGGUGGCUCUUUCAGCUUAACUACAACUGUUGAUCAGCAAUCAACUACUGUGAUUACUGUUACUUCAUGUUCAGAUGACAAAUGCUCUAGUGUUCCUAUUACCACUGGUGUCACUGUUGUUACUUCCACGGUUGAAGGUAUUGUUACCACAUACACUACAUAUUGCCCAUUGACGUCUGUUGAUCAUGGUUCAUCGGCUGUUCAUAUUGAAGCUCCAUCUACAACUGUUGUUACUAUCACAUCUUGUUCUAGUCAUGUUUGCUCUAAGGUAACUGCCACUACUGGUGUUACUGUUGUUACUGAAACAAAUGAAGGUACAGAAACUAUCUAUACUACAUACUGUCCAUUAAGCUCUAUUGCAUCUCCAGAAAAUUCAAGUCCGGGUCAAUCCGGUAAUGUACCAAAUGCUUCAAAUUCUAAGGGAUCAACUGCUGCAAACGUUUCAAGUACUGGUGGUGCUUCUAAUGUUCCACAAGGUGGUAAACCUGAAUCAGGUGCUGGUUCUUCACCUUCAAAAUCUGGUCCAAAUGGUAAUAAUGCACAAUCUGGUACUGCCAUAUCUCAUGGAAACACUGGUACUUCCUCCAAUGCUGCUGCUGCUACUGCCGCUGCUGCUGGAUCAAACACUGGGGCUACUGCUGUUGGUGGUGGCUCGGCUUCAAAUGCUGGUACUGGUGCUCAAGGCUCAUAUAACUCAAAUACUGCUAUUGAUUCCACUUCUACACAAACAGUUCUUGCCACUGCUACUGUAUCAUAUGACCAGGUAUCUGCUGGAAAAAUUAUCUCUUCUUCGGAGGGUGCUGCUGUAAGGGGUUCUGCCGAAGGAGUCAGGACAUUGAUUUCUUCCUCUACUACUUUGAUCCCAGAUAUAUCAAAUACGUAUGAGGACCAUGCUGUCAAAAAGAGUGCUAUGGCUUCUAGCGCUAUUGGUUCCUUUGCUCUUUGUAUUUUAUUGUUCAUUUGA